AUUAAUUAAAAUAUUUGUUUUUAUUUUAAAGUUAUAUUACUAAAUAAAAACAAAUUAGGAGUUAUGUAAGUUAUAACAAAAGUGUCUGCGCAAUCGGUGUAUUUUCUUUUAUCUGAUUCACUCCAACAAAUGAUUAGUUGCAAAACAUGACAAUUGACAAUUAUGUAUGACGCAUACUUCUAAAAGAAGCGAAUAGGAAUAACAUGCGAUUUUGUUUUUUCUACGCAUAAUUAGUAUUAUCCCCAAUAUUAAACAGGUGUAUAAGUUCACAUUUGCAUGCAACUAAAGCAAAAUGAGUUUUCUCGGUAAAUUAUUUGGUGGGAAAAAAGAAGAGAAGGGUCCAACGACUCAUGAAGCUAUACAAAAGUUACGUGAAACUGAGGAGUUGCUGAUUAAAAAACAAGAAUUUUUAGAAAGAAAGAUUGAAAUAGAAAUACAAACAGCUAGAAAAAAUGGUACCAAGAACAAAAGAGCGGCAAUUGCUGCGUUAAAACGUAAGAAGCGGUACGAGAAGCAAUUAACACAGAUCGAUGGUACUCUCACACAAAUAGAAGCACAGAGAGAGGCACUGGAAGGUGCAAAUACCAAUGCACAAGUUCUCAACACUAUGAAAGACGCGGCUAAUGCCAUGAAACUGGCACACAAGGAUAUAGAUGUAGACAAAGUCCACGAUAUCAUGGAUGAUAUUGCAGAACAACAUGAUAUAUCUCGGGAGAUAACGGAUGCUAUUAGUAACAAUGUCGCCUUCUCCAACGACAUUGAUGAGGAUGAACUUGAACGUGAACUGGAAGAAUUAGAACAGGAGGAACUGGACAAGGAAAUGAUUGGUAUCAACGUACCUUCGGACAGCCUUCCAGAGGUACCAUCUACUGAACCUGUGCCCGAAAAAUCUAAACCAAGCAAGUCUGACGAGGAUGACAAAGAUUUUGCACUCCUCAAAUCCUGGGCCACAUAGGUUUCGACUUUAUGUAUUAUUUAAGCUGUCAUCCGUGAUAUAAUCUGCGUUGAAUCGAAAUAUAUUAUCUGUAUAAUUACAAUAUCAUUGUUUUUUUUUUAUAUAACAAUUUGAUCGGAAGAGAUUUUGUAAAUUAUUUUACAAGAAAUGUCGACGCAAAUAUCUGGUUCGAAAUAAAGAUCUGUAAUAUUAAAUAAUAUUUUGCCGCGUGGCGUACAACUCUUGAUUAAUUUUACGUCAAUGUUUUGCUAAAAUAUAAUGAAAUUGGGUCUUUCAAAAGAUAACCAAAUAUAUAUGUAUUUAAUAUUAUCUGUAAUAGAACAGAAAUGUCGAUAUAAGCUUUGUAAUAUAUAUUAUUGAUGCAGAUUUUAGCGUUUCUUGUUUAUAUUUUUCUUCUAAUAUUUCAUUACUUAUAUUCAUAGCAACUAGGAAUCGGCCGAUUGGUAUUCGACAACGCUUUUCCCAUAAUAUGCCUUAAUCAGAGUCACGAUUUUAAAAAUCUUCUAAAAUGACAAAAAAUAAUAAAAAAAAUAAAAAAAAUGCAAUAAUCCAUUUAUAUUUAGUACAGGCGUUUUUGAAGAUUUAUAAAAUAUUUGACCAGUUAGUAUAAAUAUUGAUAGUUCGAUUAAAGUUCGUUCCACGAAACGAGCUCCCAAAGGAUAUUGUCUUCGUGCGCUCAUUGGUUAAUCCGCGUGACCUUCAUUAGCCAAAUCAUUACUUAAGAUCGUCUCACACGCCAGAUUCUUAUUUUAAACCUAGCCGCGCGCAUCCACCAAUGGGUAGCCAGUAUUUUGUGCUCUAGGAGCUCUUUCCUGGAAUGGACUAUAGAAUCGGCUUGUACAUGAAAUUGCUUGAAUUGAAAUUGAAAUUUCAUCAACAAUGCCGGAGGAGCUCGUCAACUAACACGUGUAUAAUUGCAUAAGUGAUUUUAUUGUAGUAUUGUAACAUUAUUGUACUGUAACUAUACAACAUUCUUAGAAACGACGCUAGACUAAUAUUUGCAUUAAUAUAUGCGUACAUCAUAUAUUCGUGAUGUAAUCGGAUAAAGAUAUGAACAAUUAUAAAAAAUAAUAAAAAAAAACUUGAACUUUUAAAAUUUUAAUAAAAUACUGUAUAGUCGGGGAGUUUUAAGUAUUUUAUUUAUUUGAAAUAUUUUUUUAAUUUUUUGGAUGAAUAAUUUAUGCCUUAUGUAAUGACGAUUUAAAAACUUAUAGUCUAUUCCAAUCACGGGAGGAUUAGAGACAAAUAAACAACUUUAAUAAUAUAAUUAAUAAAGAUAAAUCAAUCAAAAAUUGUUUGUAGAGCAUAAUAAAAAAUCGAUUAGAACAAUUAGAUUACCUUUAGUUAUUUGAUUGGAAUAGACUGCGUAACACACUAAGAGGGUGUCCAUAAAAUGAGAAAGAUAAGCAAACCAAAAAGCUAAAUAUCAUAUUCGUUUGACAUUUUGGAUAGCCGGAUUAUUGUGUUACCGGAACCGGCUAGAAAUCACUUUUCGCCUUACCAGAUCUAAUUGGUUGUAAGCUUGUUCGUUGAAGACUAAACGAGUCUUAAAUUAUUACCAAUUCAUGUAUAGCAUAGUAUGUAAUAUUGAAACAAAAUGGAUGAUAGUUUUAAGAGGUUUUUGUACAAUUGUCCAUUGAAGCGUGACUUAUUUGAAGGUAUAUAUAAUAUUUUUUUUGUUAUUGUAUUAGUGUACUGAACCGAAUUAUAAUAAACUGUUUUGUAGUCCUAUUCGUUAUUUUCAUAUGGGCUAGAAAAGGGGGUAUCCCCUAGUAUAGUACCUACCUAAAUGCUUAUUAUAUUUAUAAUGUUCCAGGAUUGACAAUUGUUUUGAUUAUAUAUAUAUAUAUAAACCAAUGUUUGGUAAAUGACUAGCAAGCUUCUUAGUUCGAAAUAAUUCAAAGGUGGUUUUCAACAAAAUAAAUUACUAUACAUUAAAAAAAAAUACUUAACUUAAAUUCGAGUACAGCUAGUCCACCCUGGAAGAAAUGCAACUCAUAACAAUGUAUACACCGCUUAGUGCUUCAGAAUUUCACGAAAUUUCGAUGCUUAGUAUAGAAGUUACGCUUUAGUGGGUAAUAAAAUGUUACAAGUUUACGAGUUACAUUGAUUUGUGCAUAUUUUUCACUAAUAUAUUUUAUUUAAAUAAA